AUGCGCAGGAGUGCUGCCGACGGUCAGCUGCCCCUCAAGUGUCUCCUCGCCUGCUCGCAGCGUGGCUCAGAGACUUCAGGUGAGCAGCAGCAAAUUAAAAGGAGCAGCAGCAGCAGCAGCAACAGCAGCGGCAGCAGCAGCAGCAAAGAGAAAAUAGAUGCUCUUCCCCCAAAAGCCUUUUCGGAAAUCUUCGGCUCUGCUGCCACAGCUGUGACGAGGCCCCUUCUAGUCCUUAUUGACAGGGAGUUCGACCUCCUGACGAUGCUGCAGCACACGUGGCUCUACGGGGCCCUCAUCCAUGACUUGCUGAAGCUCAGACUCAACAGAGUCACUGUGACAACUCCAGGCGAAGGGGGAGCGGCCCCGACGACGAAGGUCUUUGACCUCGAGAAGCGGGACUUGUUCUGGAGAGACCACGCGUUUUCGCCUUUUCCCGUUGCUGCUGCUGCAGUCAGCCAAAUGCUGACAGAAUAUAAUUCGGAGCUGUCGAGGGUUGGGAGGGCCCCCCCCGACGCCUUUGCCCAGCCCGGCGCUGGGGACUUUUCUUCGGAGAUUCUGAAGGCCGUGGAUGUUCUCCCGGAUUUGGCGGAUAAGAAAAGAUCUCUCGACGCCCACACGACAAUUGCCACAGCUCUCGUUUCUGCUAUUAAGGAAAGGGCCCUUGAUAGGUUUUUCGAAGUUGAGCAAAGUUUCCCGCAGGAGCGAGAAGCAGCAGCAGCAGCAGCAGCGCAGCAAAGUGUUGCUGCUGCUGCUGCUGGGACUUUUGAAGACAAACUUCGCCUCCUCGCCUGUCUCUUUCUUUCCCGCCCCAAUUUCCCCGCGGCCACUUUUCAGACUCUCGUCUCCACUUUGGAGCAGCAAGGAGUUGACGUGGCUGCCCUCAACUUCCUCAAAAGAUUCAGCGUGUCUCUACAGCUGCUGCUCUCGAAGGCAUUGGCAGCAAAUUUCUGGACAAGGGCCGGGGCUUGCUGCAG